AUGAUCUUCUCCAGGUUAGCAGUGCUCCUUGUGGGCGUUGCAGUGUCCGUCCAAGGCCAUGCGAUUGGAAUCGAAAAGAGGAUCUUGGACAAGCAGAGCAUUCGUCCCAACCCUUCUAAUGGCCACUGGGUGGACGCAUGGGCAUCGAUGCCUCAGCUCACGGAGCCAGCGAACCUACCUCCUGCUCCAUUCAAUCAAACAGGUGCUGUCUUUGUAAACUCUACGAUCCGACAAACUUUGUACAUGACGACAUCGGCCCACCAAAUUCGUCUCAAGUUCUCCAACGUCUUUGGCGGUUCCAACCUCCCCAUCACCGCUGUAACGGUCGCGCUUCCGUUGAACCAAACCGCCGGUAUCCACCAAAUCCAGUCCAACACCGUACAAAAGGUGACAUUUGGAGGGAAGGACGGUAUCAGUGUGCCAAACGGCGCACUCGCCGUGUCCGAUCCCAUCAACUUUGAGAUCAAGGCGCAGCAGAUCGUCACCGUGACCAUGUAUCUUGCGAACGGACAGACCACAAACAGCAUCACUAGCCAUCCCGGCUCCAGAACAACAAGCUGGUGGCAAUUUGGCAAUGCGGUCUCUUCCGCUAGUCUCGCUGUCAGCGACUCAAACGCACAAUCCGCAGCACAUUGGUACUUCCUGUCCUCCAUCGAAGCUUGGGUCCAACCGCGUGUUGGCUCUCUACUUAUCGUCGGCGACUCCAUCACCGACGGCCGCGGAUCCACAACCAACCAGAACAACAGAUGGCCCGACCUGCUCCUCGCACGUCUCCAGAAGAACCCCUCCACCAAGUAUAUUUCCGCUGGUAACCUCGCUGCAGGAGGAAACCGCAUCCUAGCAGAUGGUCUCGGUCCCAACGCUUUCGGACGUGUCGACCGCGACGUACUGGCGCAUCCAGGUGUCAAGUAUGCGAUGAUCUUCGAAGGCGUCAACGACAUCGGAACUGCGCCGGCGACACCCGAAGCGCAGGAGCAAAUCUACCAAGAACUGAUUCAGGCAUAUGAACAGAUGGUCACCCUCAUCCACGCCCACGGCAUCCCCGUUUUCGGCGCCACCAUUACGCCUUUCAGCGCACCGGCCAAUUUCACUCAGCAACCUUACUCUGCUCCUGAGCGCGAGAAGACACGCCAGCGCAUCAACACAUUCAUCCGCACCUCCAGGGUUUUUGAUGCUGUAGUAGAUUUCGACAAGUUCCUUGCCGACCCCAAGAUACCGAGUCAACUCAACCCAUUGUAUGAUUCGGGUGAUUAUCUUCAUCCUAAUCCUGCUGGAUACCAAUAUAUUGCCGACAAGUUUCCCAUUCAGAUCUUCGGUAUGUGGGCGAAUGGCGCGGAUGAGUUUAGUUGGGGAAUGUAA